AGUGGUUGAGCAUGCAGCUGUGGGGAAAGCUGUGAGAAGGGGAGCAAUGUAAAGCCUUAGGAAGGGAGAUGGGGGUCUGUCCCCCCACGUAGGCAGUAGGUGAGCAGAAGUGCUCCAUCCUGCAUUUAUAGGGACAAGCAACGUGAGGAGGAAAGGUUUCUCUCUGGCUUUUUAUUUCCUCUGUGAGCAUUCACGUGAGGCCCAACUUGGGAUGGAUUACUGACCUGAGCAAAGCUAUGUACCUGGAUUACCUUUGCUGUGUUACCUUUAAGCAAGAGGAAUGACUCAGGUGCCUGCUGACUACCUGUCCACCACCAGCUCCUACAAUUAUGAUCAGCCCCUUCCCUCCGUGGGUCGGACAAGCACUGUCACCCAGGUACCCCCAGCCAAGAAAAUAACCUUCUUCAAGAGUGGGGAUCCUCAGUUUGGGGGAGUGAAGAUGGCCAUCAACCAGCGAAGUUUCAAGAGCUUCAAUGCACUCAUGGAUGACCUUUCUCAUAGAGUCCCGCUGCCAUUUGGAGUACGGACCAUCACCACCCCACGAGGAAUACACUGCAUUAGUGAGCUGGACCAGCUGGAGGAUGGAGGAUGCUACCUUUGUUCCGACAAGAAAUACGUCAAGCCUAUUAACAUUACUUCUGCUGGGCAUAGGCCAGGUCCUCCACGAAAUGGUCGUCCCUCCAGUACCUUGAGAAGAGCAGCCCAGGAGGGCAGACUGGAUGACUAUUCCACAUCUUUCACUCAGCACGGCCCCAGAAUACCCAAGAAAAUCACUCUUGUUAAGAAUGGAGAAACUAGUUUUCGGCGCUCAAUUAUCUUGAACCGCAGAAACGCCAGGAGUUUCAAAACACUCCUGGAUGAGAUUUCAGAGAUUCUGCAAUUUCCAGUGAAAAAGCUCUUUACUGUUGAUGGGAAGAAGAUUGACAGCAUGCAGGCUUUGCUGCAUUGCCCCAACGUGCUGGUGUGUGUCGGCCGUGAGCCAUUUAAACCUGUAUCAAUGGAGAAUUUGAGGAAACACUCGGUGGAGAAGCUGCCUGACCUGGCUCCUCGUUCCAACGGCAACAAUGUCAAUGAAAACAAUGAAAGUAAGAAAAACUCUGGGUCACCGAACUUUGGAUUGAAAGCCAAAAAAAGCAUUAUCCAUCCACGGUCAGCAUCAAGCAACAGAUCAAUGAGAUUUUCCUUAUCAUCAGAGAAGUCGUAUCCAAAUGGUCUUGCUGCCUCGCCAGAUAAUGGCGCACCUUUCUCAAACAAUUGUUCACAUCCAAAACCUGGAGACCUGGUCCAUUCCUUGGUCAAUGACGACAUAGAGAAGCGAGUGCAUGUGAACAAGGAUGGCAGCCUGUCUGUUGAGAUGAAAGUCCGCUUCCGCUUGCUAAAUGAUGAGACUUUGCAAUGGUCCACCCAAAUCAAAAAAUCAAAUUUGAUGAACCGGAUGCCUUGUGAAGAAUCAGGUCUAGAGGAGGACAGUGGAGCAGACCCCAUACAGAAAAUGAACCCAGAAGCCAGCUCAGAGGCAGAUGAUUCCUUAUACCCAUGUGAUGUUGAUUCUUACAUGUCUAAACUUGAGGAAUCUGAGUGCGAUGAUGCUCACUGUCACAGCUGUGGCAAGAAACACCAGGACUAUGAUAUCUGGAAAAACCCCAUGCACACUUCCCAGAGAGAAGAGCCCAGUGUACGAAGCACAUGGCACACACGGUCAUCGUGCUCCAGCACAUCUUCCAGGAGGAGAGUAAUCCACAAAAAAAAGGCUUCUGUGGAUAGUCUCCGCACCACAUCCAGUGAGGAAUUCUCUGAGCACAUUGUGCAAGAGUCCUCAUCCUACUCAGAGACUAUAGAGAACAGGGUGGCAUAUCGAUCUAUUAAAAAGUGUACUUGUAGAAGUGAUUUGUCUACAGGUGCUUCCAAUGGAGAAGAUCAGCAAGAAUACACCCGGACGAGCACGAGCAAUAGUCAGAGGCCUUCUUCCUUGGGAUUAAUGUCACAUUCAAGUUGUGAAAAUAACCUGGAUACUCAAGAGGCCCCUGAAGACUAUGAGACCAGUAAAACCAAUUCACAAAAGGAAGAUGAAAAUUGUUUUGAAAUUUCCUCUGUGAAGUGCUUAAAGGAUGAUGCAGAGGAGGUUGAAAGCAGCAGAGUUGGAAGCGUCAUAUCAAGGUUGUCAGUGCAGUCCAGACAGAGCAAGAAUAUAUGUGAGGAAACAAGUAGUGUGGGAAAAGUGGAGGAGGUGUUAGAAGACACAGGAGUGCAGGAGGAAUGGAGUAAUUUAAUGCCAUCUAGUUUACCAAAUACAUCUCCAGAAGAAGUUGUGCAAGAAUGGCUAAGUAAAAUCCCUUCGGAAACACUGCUUCUGAAAUAUGAAAUGGAGGAUAAUGAAGAAGAGGAAUUGGAUGAAGUGGAGAAAGAGACAGAAGAAGUCAUUGCUGUAAAUGAAGAGGCUGAAGAGUAUGCAAAUCAGGAACAAAUCCCUGAAGUCUUGUCCGAAGCUGCCAAGGCUGACCAAGCAGAAUGCAGUCAGUCAGUUACGUCUAGCCAAAAUAACAACAAAAAAGACUUGCCGACCUCUGUCCAGACUUCCGUCCAGAUUAUGAAGGCCUUGCUCAGUUCAAAAAAUGAAGCAAAAUUUGACCGAUCAAACAGCUUGCCUGAAGUGUCUCCCACAAUGGGGAGAAGACUGAGUAAUUCUGCCACUGUCCUGAUUACUUGUCUUGCCAGUCUGCAGCUCCUUGAUGAAGAGUCAGAAGAUCCAUCAGAUAAAUCAAAAUGUUUGAAUAAACCAAGAUAUAUGGAACUGUUAAAUAUUUUCCAAGCCCUAUGGUUUGGACAAACAGCUGAAAAAAGUGGUCCAAGCUCAGGUCAAGAGGCGAGUGGACAGGAAAAGUCAGCUUCUGGGUUUAAAAUCCCCAAAUCUGUAAAUGGUGACUUCACUCCAAUGUCCUCCUCCGGGGUAGACGUCAGCAGUGGUUCUGGUGGUUCAGGAGAAGAGAUUACUGCUGGUGCCAAGGACUGCAAUUUACUAGCACAAAAGACUGUUGAAUUCAAAUCAGAUGGUCAAGUGGAAGAUGGAGAAACUGUCACUGAACUGACUGAGGCUGAGGAGCAGAGUAAACAGGAAGAGCACUCAUCCCGGCCUUCAACAGCCUGCUCAAAAUCAAAAGGUGAGGAAAAAGCCAAUUCUGCUAGAGAGGAAUCUCUAAUUCAGGAUCAGUGCAGUAACUGUGAGAUUGAUAAGGAGGAAGAGGAGGAAAAUGAGAACACAAAAAAUAGCAGAUUAGUUGAAAAUGGAGAGCAAGAAGCUGAAACUGUAAAUGAAGCACUUCUAAAAGAAAAUCUUGAAGAGGCAACUGAGCAGUUAUCCACUACUAUUGAGACAAAUGUCAGUGAUGCUGACUGUGGGACAGAACUGAAAGCUGAUAUUCAAGAGCAGCUUGAAAAAGGGUCUACAAAGGAUCCAGAGCCCAAAGUUGAUAUGGCCACCAGUGUGGGCGCAUCUCUUGUCCAGCAAAACUCAGUGGAUCCAGAUCCAGUCUGGGUCCUGAGGCUACUAAAGAAAAUUGAGAAGGAAUUCAUGGCUCACUAUGUUAACGCUAUGAAUGAGUUAAAAGUCAGGUGGAACCUGCAGAACAACCAGCAGAUGGAUGAAAUGAUCUUGGAAUUGAAGGAGGAAGUGAGCAAAAGGAUACAAAGAAGCAUAGAGAAGGAGCUGAAGAAGAUCAAAAGCAGAGCUGGAGCCAAGAUGCCAAGACCUCCAGAUGGACCUCUCAAGCGUGAGUCAACACUCCAAACUGAGCAGAGGAGACGGCGGCUGCAGACUAUGCAUAAAAAGUCAUUCUUCAGUGACAAGACUGGAACCCACAGUAGGCUUGCGGACACAUCAGAUUUAUCAUUAGAUGUAGAUGAAGAUACAGCGUUUAGCGCUGCUUUUGAGGCAAGUAUUAGUGAGCAACCAAGUGAGGAGGAAUACUGCCCUUGUGACACUUGUGUGAGGAAAAAAAUGGCUUCCAAGCCCGUAAGAAACCCAGUGGUGGCUACCAAUGCCCCAGUUGUGAAAGCAUUUGAUUUACAGCAGAUCCUGAAGAGAAAGAAAGAUGAAAAUGAGGAAGCCUGUGUCUCAGAAGCAGCCCAGGACAGCAAAGCAAUUCCCAGUAAUGGGGAGGAAGCAGCAGAAAACACCAAUCCAGAUGAAGAGAAUGAUGAAAGUGACCUCCAGUCAGGCCAAAAAGAAGUGAAAGAAAAUGAAGAAAAGAAGUCAGUAUUAGAUGAAAUGGAUGGUUCAGUGACGAAAGAAGAUGCAGAAGGACCAAUAUUAGAGAGUCAAAACUGUGCAAUUGAGGAGGAAAAAGAGGAGGAAGUAGCAAACGGGGAAGAAGAAGAAGAAAAAGAAGUGCAAAAUGAAGAGCAGGAAGUUGAAGUAGAGUCCAAAGCUGAAGAUGAAGUUGAUAAUGAAGCUGAAGAAACACAGGAGCCAGAGGGUGAAGAUCUUGAAGCUGAUGAUGAGGAGGAGACAUUCAAAUGCAAAGAUGUCGAUGGCUCAGAGGCAGAUGAGAAUCCUGAAGGAGAUGCUAUAGAAGGAAGUGAGGAAGCUAAGCAGGAUGAGGAUGAGGCAGCAGAAGAUGGAAAUGCAGAGUUAGAAAAUGAGGCAUGUUCAAAUGAAGAAGAAAACAACAGUGAAGGUGGUGAGAAAUAUGAAGAGAAUAAUGAGGAACUCACCAGUGAUGACCCUGACCUGGCAAACAAAAACCACAAAGGCAACAGUAAGUCUUCUGAAAGAGCCUCCAAGGCCAAAGGCAAAAGAAACAGGAAAAGGCUAGAGACUCUGAGCAAAGCAGUUACCAUUUUUUGUUCUUCUUCUCUGGGAAACUUCUCACAACAGUCCCAGAAGGGGUCUGAUGAUGAAAGUGAAGAGGAAUGCCAAGAUAAUAACUCCAUAAGUGAGCACCCCAGUGGAGAGGCUCAAAGUGAUGAGAGCAGCAAACCUUCAAAGAUGUAUCCUGAUAGCGAGGAAGAAGAAGAGGACAAAGCAUCUUCAUGCAUUGAUCCUUUGGGAGAUGAGGAACAGCCAGAUGCUGAAGGUGCAGAUCAGAAGGGAGACAAACAUGCUAAUAAGGUUCAGGCUUCUAAAAAUAAAGAAGGUUCUGAUGAAAUUGACCAGGAUGACCUGGAUUUCUAA